CGGCUCAAAUCAAAUAGAAUCCAUUUCCCCACAACCCACAUCGUGCUCAUCGACAGGCACACAUCUCUGUCUCUCUCGCUCGCUCGCAACACUUUUGAGCAGCAGCGUCAUGCAAGCUCUCCAAUUCUCCUCCUCGAUCCUCAGACCAUCCCCGCUAGACCCAUUUCGCAAACAUUCCCCACAAAUCAGCACCAAUGCCAAACCAUCCAUCACCAUCACCACCACCACCACCACCACCAAGAAGAAGAAGAAAAAGAUCUCAUUCAUCUCAGCCACCACAGCUUCAGCCCCGAAACGCGAGAAGGAUCCGAAGAAGAGGGUAGUAAUUACGGGGAUGGGAUUGGUUUCCGUGUUCGGAAACGACGUUGACACCUACUACAACAAGCUUCUUGGUGGAGAGAGUGGCAUCACUCACAUUGACCGCUUCGAUGCUUCCAAAUUCCCCACUCGAUUCGGCGGCCAGAUCCGUGGUUUCAACUCCCAGGGUUACAUUGAUGGAAAGAACGAUCGACGUCUCGAUGAUUGCCUUCGCUACUGCAUUGUUGCUGGCAAGAAGGCACUUGAACAUGCUCAUCUCGGCGCUCACUUUCUUGGAGAGAUUGACAAGGAGCGAGCUGGUGUGCUUGUUGGAACAGGGAUGGGUGGUCUUACAGUGUUUUCUGACGGUGUUCAGGCUCUCAUAGAGAGAGGUUACAGGAAAAUCACCCCAUUUUUCAUACCUUAUGCUAUAACAAAUAUGGGCUCAGCCUUGCUUGCAAUUGAGCUUGGUUUUAUGGGACCAAAUUAUUCAAUAUCAACCGCUUGUGCUACCUCUAAUUAUUGCUUCUAUGCUGCUGCCAAUCACAUUCGUCGAGGUGAAGCCGACUUAAUGAUUGCUGGUGGAACUGAAGCUGCCAUUAUUCCCAUUGGCCUGGGUGGUUUUGUUGCAUGUAGAGCUUUGUCUCAGAGAAAUGAUGAUCCACAAACUGCUUCUAGGCCAUGGGAUAAAGAUCGAGAUGGCUUUGUCAUGGGUGAAGGUGCUGGUGUAUUGGUGAUGGAGAGCUUGGAACAUGCAAUGAAACGAGGUGCACCAAUUAUUGCAGAAUACUUGGGAGGUGCAGUAAAUUGUGAUGCUCAUCAUAUGACUGAUCCAAGAGCUGAUGGACUAGGUGUCUCUUCAUGCAUUGAGAGAAGCCUUGAAGACGCUGGUGUGUCACCAGAAGAGGUUAACUACAUAAAUGCACAUGCAACUUCCACUCCAGCUGGUGACGUAGCUGAGGUGAAUGCCAUAAAGAAGGUAUUCAAAAACACUUCAGAGAUCAAAAUGAAUUCAACCAAGUCUAUGAUAGGUCACUGUCUUGGUGCUGCUGGGGGUUUGGAAGCCAUUGCUACAGUAAAAGCCAUCAACACGGGGUGGUUGCAUCCUACCAUAAAUCAAUUUAACUUAGAGCCUUGUGUUGAAUUUGACACCGUUGCAGACAAAAAGCAGCAGCAUGAAGUCAAUGUUGGCAUUUCAAAUUCAUUUGGCUUUGGUGGACACAACUCCGUCGUGGCCUUUUCUGCAUUUAAACCCUGAUCGAGCUUUGCCCAACCAAUCUUCACUUGUUCGAGGAUUAAUACAAGUAUUAGAGGCUGUUUCAUCUUCUUUAUGCAAGCUGCUGCAAAUGCACUUGAGACCUGAUCGAGCUUUGCCCAACCAAUCUUCACUUGUUCGAGGAUUAAUACAAGUAUUAGAGGCUGUUUUCUUUAUGCAAGCUGCUGCAAAUGCACUAGAGCGUUCAUAGUUAUUUAUGUAAUAAUUUUGAGUUGGAAGUCUAGCUUCUGCACUCUUGUAAUUUUAUUUUUGAACCUGUUGUUUUUGUUACCUUUUGGUACAUGUCUUUUGUUAGCUGUUAGACGUGACACAGAAAUUGUCACAUAUAUGUUCCCAAGUUAAUCUAUUUCAAAACACUCACAAUUGUUAACAAUGGAUAAAUCAUAUGAGAAUUUCUAUGAGAAUUUUGAGGUGCCAAUAUCUCAAAAA